AUGAUAGAUUCAAAUCAUCUUUAUUUUUUAAAUCAAAAUAAAGAGAAUUUAAAUAAUGUUAAUCUAAGUAUUCAACAACAACAGACACUUUCGCCAUCGAAGCCACUUUCACCGAUGGCCAUGUCACCACCACAGACCUCGGCCAACAGUUCGACGGCCUCACUACCAAUUCCAUUCAGUUUGAAUAAUCACAGUGAGUCAACAAUCGCCCCUACCAACCACACAUUUCUUAUGCCACUUCAACCAAUUUCCAUGUCCUCAGGUGGUGGUCUUGAAAAUGGUGGUGCGAGUGGUUCAAGUUUGACUUUAUCGUCGGCAUCAUCAUCAUCAUUGUCAUUGUCAUCGUCCAUGAUAAUGCCUCCACCAUCAUCACUAUCUUCAUCAUCAUCAACUUUGAUGGGACCACCUCCACCUCUAGCCUAUACAAAGCGUUACUCAAAUGUUUUCGAAACAGUCUCGAGAUCUCAAACUACAACGUCAACAACACUGGCACCACCAACUCCACAGAUGUCAUCAGCUGCCAACAGACACAGCAAACAAAUGGUUAGAAGGUCUGUAAAGAUUGAGACUUCCGACCUCAAUGAAAGAUGUCGUGAGGAAAGAAGAUCGGCAGCCAUCUCCAAACAAGCCAGUAAGCGUGACCUCACUAUUUUCCUUUCCAGACAAAAGUCAGAGUUGGAGAUGAAAACCGAGAGAAAACCUGAACCAACCCCUACCGUUCCAGAGCAAGUUAAAAAGAGAUUGGAGGCAAUCAAAGAGUUAUUAACCUCUGAGAAUACCUAUCUCAAUCAUUUAAAUACAAUUGUAGAUAUUUAUUUAUUACCACUUAGACGUGAUUACUCUGCUCCUGAAGAAGUUAAAUUUAUUGUAUCUAUCUUCUCGAAUAUCGAAGUCAUUAGAGAUGCCAACAAGAAUGUAUUGGCACUACUCUCAAGUAGAAUCAACAGUUCACUAACAAAUGAUACAGUGCUUUCAGAUGUUUUAUUUAAAUUUAUUCCAACAUUGGAAAUUUACAAAGAAUAUUAUGUCAAUUGGUACAGAUCAUUACAUAACUUGGAUCAAUGGUUGGCAAAGUGUAAAAAGAUAAAGAAAUUCAUUGAUGAUAAAUCAUUGAUCACUUUAAAUUUGAAAUCAUUAUUAAUUAUGCCAUGUCAGAGAAUUCCUAGAUACACUCUACUGAUUGAUGCAAUAUUACAAUACACCAAUCCAUUACAUCCAGAUUAUGUACACUUACAAAAUGCAAUGUCCAUGACAAAGAAACUAACGGAAUCGAUUAAUGAACGUAUUAGAGAUUCUGAAAAGACACAAUUAGUAACAAACAUUCGUUUGAAAUUCGAUGAUUCCAUUGGUUUCUUGGAUGAAAUUCAUCGUAGAUUAGUAAAGGAAUCGUCAGAGUUCCAAUUGUUACCCUGUAAAAAUAUCUCACAAAUUAACGACCACUAUGUUAACAACGAUGACGACACCGACGAGGAAGACUACUCAAGCGGAACCAAAAAGAAAAAGAAUCAGAAAUUGAUUCCAAGUGAUUGCAAUCUGUAUUUAUUUAACGAUUUGUUUGUUAUUGGUGUUCCAUCGCAACAAAUAACAACGAAACAAACUGCUUUACUAAAAGCAACACUUGCAACAACCAUAUUUAAAGAAUAUCCACAGUUACCACUAAAGUUUUCAAUACAUCAUAAUUCUGGUACCUACUUUUUCAAUGCUGCAAGCAGAGAAUUAAAGGAACAAUUUGUAAAGGAAUGUAAUGAAGCAAUCGAGCUAUUGAUUAAAGAUGACGUCGAACUACAGGAGCGACGUAAGAAGAUACGUUUAGAAGGUAGCGAUGAAGAGGGUUGGAAUGUAUUUGAUCCAGAGGUUGUCAUUAAAUACCCAAUGGCUCAAAAAGCUUUGGAGGAACUAAACCAAAUGCAAACACAAAUAUUUACUCCAAAGAAGAGAAAGAGUGUAGUUGGAAAAUUAAAGGAAAGAACUAGAUCAUUCCUUAGUCCUCAUAAAACCUUGAAUGUCAGGAGAAGUUCUUCAUUUUUAUUAAAUUCACUUGAAUCCGAUGUUCCAACAAACGCAUCACAAUAA